CCCAAAACGUCAUUGCAGUAGAUCGUGCGUUCCGACCCAGCGCUUCAUCGCUUUGUCCAUUGUCUGUAAGGCUGAGUAGCCGAUAUCGACGAUAUGCCUCGCGAAAUCAUAAACAUUCAGGCUGGACAGGCCGGAAACCAAGUUGGGGAGAGCUUUUGGAGGACGGUAUUAGCAGAACAUGGCCUUGAUGAUGCAGGGUUUUAUAAAGGCGAUGACCCGCAACAGCUGAUGCGCGCCAAUGUCUACUUCAGUGAAGUUGAGUCCACCGGAAAUCCCACAAAGUAUGUGCCGCGGAGUGUACAAAUCGAUCUAGAGGCCGGUGUUUGCAACCGGAUUCGGAGCGGACCCCUGGGUGGUCUGUUUCGACCUGAUACCUUCCUGAACGCUGAAGUCGGUGCGGGCAAUAAUUGGGCCAAAGGAUAUUACACAGAGGGUGCGGAGCUAGUCGACUCCAUCAUGGACGUUAUUAGGAAGCAGGCGGAUGCUUGCGACGCUAUGCAAGGAUUCCAGUUAAUUCACUCCCUCGGCGGCGGCACAGGCGCUGGCCUGGGCACAUUGCUGCUCUCCAAGCUCCGAGAAGAAUACCCAGACCGGAUGUUAGCUACUUUCUCCAUUCUUCCCGCACCAAAGGUCUCGGAGACCGUGGUCGAACCUUACAAUGCAUUGCUGUCCGUGCACCAGCUGGUGGAGAACAGCGACAUGACCGUGUGCAUUGAUAACGAAGCUUUGUACGACAUCACUGCUCGCACGCUGAAAAUCAAGCAACCAAAUUUCGAAGAUUUGAACGUGUUGGUUUCCCAAGUCUUGUGUGGGGUCAGUACAAGUUUACGGUUCCCUGGCCAGUUGAAUGGGGAUCUGCGCAAGCUCGGCUUAAAUCUUGUCCCCUUCCCUCGCUUGCAUUUCCUGAUGCCAAGUUACGCGCCUUUCACCGACCCGAAGUCGAAAGCAUUCCAACGCGUAUCCGUAGAUGACUUGACCCGGGAGCUGUUUGAUCGUCGCAACCUGCUUGUCGCUUGCGAUCCCAGAUUCGGCCGUUAUCUCACUGCGGCCACCAUAUUCAGGGGCAAGAUUUCGUCUCGUGAAGCAGAAUACAGCAUACACCAGAUGCAACUGAGGAACUCGACACAAUUCGUGGAAUGGAUUCCUGACAACGUUUCGGUUGCCUUGUGCUCCGUUCCUCCCGUGGGGCAGUCACAGGCGGCUACCUGUCUGGCCAAUUCAACAGCUAUCCAAGAGCUCUUCAAGCGCAAUCUUGCGCAGUUCUCAGUGAUGUAUAAGCGUCAUGCUUUCCUUCAUUGGUAUACUGGCGAGGGAAUGGACACGAUGGAAUUCUCCGAGGCCGAGAGCAAUGCGCAGGAUCUCAUCGCUGAGUAUCAGCAGUACCAGGAAGCCGGCGUAGAGAAUGAAGAGGAGUACGAAGAACAGUACUCGGAGCAGUAUGAACAGCAUCACGAAGAACAAUAUGAGGAACAACAUGAAGGUCACGAAGACGGGGGAUUGGAAGGCGAAGAAGCCGUCGACGAGGAGGCUCAAUAACGUCCGCUAUCCUUAUGGCUAUUGGAUUUUCUUGCUAUGCAUCUUAUACUUGGAAUUCCAAAGUGCUUACGAUCUACUCCCUUCAUCGAUUUAUACUAGGAUCUAUCUGACAAAUGCUAUUCUUGUUCAUGGAUUAAUGUCCUCAUAUUCGCCGAUGUAUGACCCGAGCGUACUAAGCUUUCGAAUUCACUAGUCUUGAUACAGCGGUGCUAGGGCGCUAGUCCGGUCAAUUGUCGGGGUUAUCAAUCGC